AUGUAUUUUGAUAACACUUGUUACCAGCCUUCCAAGUAUACAAAACAUCAAAUAAAACCUAAUGAAGAUAAAAAUGAUAAUGAAAUGGAUAAAUGGGUAUCUCCGAGCGAUUUACUUAUUGGCAAAAUUAAAUUGAAACCACCUUUCACAUCAAAAAUUACCAGAGGUAAAACACACGAAGGCAUAUUAACGAUUGGCAAUGGAGUAUUAGACAAAGAACGAGCUAAGUUUUUAAUUUCUUUGAAAACACUAUUAGAAGACAACGAUGCGGCAUGGAAUGAUAUACUAAUAAAUGAAAAAAAACAAGUUAUCAAAAAAGUUCAAGCUUUGUUUGAAAAUAUAUUCAAAUACAAAAGUGACAUUAUGAAACAAGAAGUAUCAAUUUUUUAUGGAAAAUCGUUACAAGAAUUAGAAAUGCAUAUGCGAUCUGAAAUAGAAAUGGUUUUGCAAAGUACCCGUGCUAAUAUAAUAUCUUAUUUGAACAAUGAAAUACGUCAAAAGUUGCAAAAAGAGAGAAAAAUAUUAGUAAACGUACUUACUAAAAAGUAUAUAGCUGAAAUGAAAAAUAUGAAAAAUUACUACAAACUUUUACUAGAUAAUGAAUUAUACAGAAAUGAUACAUUGAUAAGUCAAGUUCUUAAUGAAAGGAAUGACGCAGUAACAGCUUUUUACAAACAAAUUGAAUCAGAGAGACUUACUAGUACUAUGUAUGUUAUGAGCUUAGAAAGAAAAAAGUGUCUAAUGAAAAAAAUGCUUUUAGAGUAUAUUCAAAGUUCUGAAAUAAGUGAGAAACUAAAGAAAAUAAAAGAAAACGAAGAAGAAAUUGAUGUUUUAUAUCAAAAAGAUGUUCCGAUAGAAAAUAUUAAUAAGGAAUACGAAACUAAAAUUAAAAAAAUUCUCCAAAUAUUUUUGAAAUUCAUAAGUUUCUCACUAAAACUGUUACCAGAACAAACUACGUUUUUGUUAGAUCUAGAAAAAAUAGUCAUUUUACAAUUAAAUGAGAUACAAAAAAAUCCUAAUAACACAUCUACAGUUUUAUUUGAAGAAAAAGAACAAUUAAAUGAAUUUAUAUUUCCGACUAUCAAUGAAGAAACUCAUGACUGUAUAAAUAAACCAUUUGUUUUAUUUGGUGAUAUCUUAGCUGAAAAUGCGUCUCCACAUUAUGGAAGUUCUGAUACAUUGCCGUGUAGUGUAGAUCUGCCUUAUUUUAGAUUAGAUAGAAAAUACUUUUAUGCUAAGUGUCAUGGUUACGAAAAUAUAAAAGCUUUUUUGAAUUCACAAAUAUGCAAAUGUUAUUUUCCUAGCAGACUAUUAUCGGAUAGUGAAUCAAGAAUAAUUGAACCAAAGACAACGACAUCCAAUGGCGAAUCGUCGAAUAGUAAAAUGGACCAAGCUGAGUCAUCAAAAGAAUCACUAUUGAUUGACGAUUUUUCACGACUCCAAGAAUGUCCUGUUAGAAAAUGUUGUGAUUAUAUAAAAAAAGAUUACUUUCCUAACUUAGCAUCCUAUUUAGAUUACAAUGAAGAAAAUUAUAAAAGAGUGAAAGCUAUACUCGGUCAAAUACCUAAAAAAAUAGUUCCACCAAAACUAAUAUCAAUGAAAGAUAUUGAUAAAACCGAGGUACCGUUUGCUGCUACAAAAGAAACACAUCACACCGUAGAGACACAAUACUCGAGUCAAGAGGAUCUUACUAUACCUGAAAUCGAAUGUCCUUGUAUUAGCAAAACACUGACAAAAUAUGCAGAAUCACAUUAUAGGCUUAAAUCAACUUCAAGCGAGGCUUUGCAUGAAAUAACGCUAAAACGCAAACGUUCAUUAGAGCGUCUGGUCGAUAAAAAUCCCAAUUUGCUUAAAAUAUUUAAUGAUGAAUGUUUUGAUUAUAAAUCGUAA